UUUUUUUUUUAAUAACGGAUCAUCCUUUCGUAACGGUGGAUCAUCUUUCUGCCAUCUUCCUCUUCCUUUUGUUUUCCUCUUCUGCAUAUUUGUCCUAAUUCAUUAUUUCUACAAAUCCUACAACCUCCCCCUUCUCCUUUCUUUCUCUCCUUAGUCCACAUUGUUGUUACAUCUUUGUUCUAUCUCGCCUAAUGAAGAUCUUACUUUCUACAGCGUUGAUACUGGCAAUCUCCUCUGCUGUAUCUGCCUCAGUUAUCACUUUACCUGUGCGAUCUCAGAGGAAUCCAGAGAAUCUCAAUGCAGAAUCAUUGACAAAACGAUAUCUCCAGAAGCGUGCUGCUUCCUCCACAAAGGUACCUUUGACUAACAUUCAAAAUGAUGUCAUCUAUACGGUUCCACUUGGGCUUGGUACUCCAGCACAAGAGUUUAAUCUGAUUAUUGACACGGGAAGUCCUAUCACCUGGGUCUCCGCCAAGUCAUGUGUGAUAGGCGGAUGUCUCAGAACAAACAAGUUUGAUUGUGCAUCGUCCUCAACAUGCAGGGCUUCAACAACACCAUUUAAUGUCUCGUAUGUCAGCGGGCAAGGUGUACGAGGCAACUAUGUUGCUGAUAUUUACAAGAUCGGCUCAUUGCAAUUCCAAGGGAUCGCAGGCGUGGUAACGACUAACCAGGCACGUUUGCCUGGAAGCGUAGAUGGAAUCAUGGGUCUGUGGUACUAUGCCAGCGGCAGUGACAUCCCAAUUUUGAAUGUGCUCAAGAACACGACAGCAUUGACAGAGAACAUGAUCGGCGUCUGGUUGCAGAAAUCGUCCGGAUCGAGCAGGGCUACAUCUCCUGGAGGAGAGAUCACAUUCGGAGGCGUUAAUCCUGCUCGUUACACGGGUGAAAUCACUUAUGUCGACUGUGUUGCCAUGAGACCAUGGAGUAUCCCCGUAAACGGAAUGACUGUGAACGGCAAGGAUAUCCCAACGAAUGGAGCCAUUGCAGCUAUUGACACUGGAACGACCGCUAUGCUUAUGCCAAAGACGACAGCGGAUGCCAUUAACAGCGCUAUUCCUGGCGCUAUCAGCCUUCCACAGGAAGGAGGCUUAUGGGUUUUGCCUUGCUCGGGUGAUGCUCCAAUCACCAUUACGUUUGGAAAUUUCAAGGCAGAGAUCCCAUACACAAGCUUGGCGAUGCAAUCAACCCGUCAAAGGACCAGCCAGGGUUACUACUGUACAAGUGCGGCCAUGUUCCCCACCGGUGAAACGGCCACAAUUGAUGAGUGGUUGAUUGGAGACGCCUUCUUGACCAAUGUUUAUUCAGUCUUUGACUUUAAUACAAAUGCUGCCACUGGAGGUCGAAUUGGCUUUGCAAAAUUGUCGGGUUCUUCCUCGAAUGGCGAUGGAAACAACGGCGGUGGUGGCGGCAGUGGUGGCAACAAUGCUGGAAACGCAGCUGCAGGUAGAUCCAUCAAGGGCGUCCAAACCUCUUCUAUUAUCUUGAUCUUGGCUAGUAUAUUCUUUUCUAUGUUGUAGUCUUACAAGAGGAUAGACAAAAGGAGGAAAAAAUAGUUUUGGUUGUAGCUUUAUUUACUAUCUCAUUUAAAUCAACAAUGAAUUCUCCAAAAACAUUUCCCUUUAUUACUAUAACAGGGAUUUGGAAUCAUCGCCAAAUAACCAUCUUUCCGUUUGCCAUGCCACUGGCUAAUAAAACACGAUUUGGAUGCCAGGCA